ACACAAGACGUGUUUGAACUGGUCUUAAUAAUAUACUUUUUUUUUUUAAAUACAUUUAUGAAAUUCUAUAGAGAUGGUGAAAAUGAUCCCUAUGAUCGUUUUAUUAGUUUUGUUUUUAAAAGAAGGCUUGGCUGUUAUUUAUAGUGUUAAUGAAAGUGAAUAUCGCAAGAUGCCUCCACUGUAUGAGAUGGACAACUACGGUGACUGUAUGCUGCAGUUGGGGGGCACGUAUUGUGUUUCUUCGUUUGAUCUCUAUAGUGAAGUUAAUUCCAGUCUUAUGCAUUUUAUACGGGAAUACUCAACUUACGACGUAAAACAUUUUAACCACACCCGUAUACACAGGGCGGUUUGUCUAACAAGUUCUUGUAAACAUUAUAUCGAUGCAUCAAAUACAACAAUGGAUCCAGAAACGACCCUUGCAGGAUGCAUCAACGAAACAAUAUGGAGGAAGUAUGAAAUACAAGCCAAGUUGGCCGAAUUACACUAUUGUAAAAGACACGAUGAUAAAGUUGUUUUGGAUACAAGUGAUUAUAUUGUAGCAGUCAUUUAUAUCGUAAUAAUAAUGUUGAACGUGAUUGGAAGCUUUUACGAUAUAAUUUUAUGCGAUGAAGAUGCUAAGAAGGGAAAUCAGUAUUUGUUAGCGUUUUCGUUACGAAGAAACUGGGCUAAGCUUAUCGCUCCAGGCGGCAGGGGACCGGAACCGAGAUUGGAGAGACUGAAGUUAUUUAAUGGAAUUAGAGCUAUGACAAUGGUGUGUGUUAUAUUUUCCCACACAGCACUGUUAAUGUCAUUUACUUACAUCAAAAACCCGUUUUAUUUGGAAAAGGCGUACGAAGAUCCGCUAAAACAAUUAAUUUUCAACGGAACCCUCGUUACUCACACAUUUUUUGUAAUGUCAAGUUUUCUACUGGCUUACAAUUUGCAAAUACACGCUGAGAAGCAAGAAAUAAAAUGGACUAAAAUUCCAAUGGCAAUCGUAUUACGUUGGCUCAGACUAACCCCAGUUUACGCCCUUGCGAUAGCCACUAUAAGCACAUGGAUGCGGCACAUAGGCGAUGGACCCCUCUGGCAAAUGAUUGUCACUAGCGAGGCCAACUAUUGUCGCCAGUAUUGGUGGGCCAACAUAUUCUACUUAAACAAUUACAUAUACAGCGAUGACUUAUGCUUUCCCCAAGGAUGGUAUUUGGCAGCUGAUACACAGCUAUUCUGCCUUGGUUUGAUUUUUCUGGUUAUCAUCCAAAGACCUUGCCACAGGAAAAUAGCACUCUUGAUAUUAUUCCUGGUGUCACUUGUCAUCACCGCAGCACACACAUACUUUCAAGACUUAGAAGCUGUCGUUAUACAGUCGCCUGAAUCCUAUCGCACUAUCUACGUCAGCGACGAAACGUUUAGGCUUGUGUACAUAAGAGGUCAUACUAACAUCUCCACUUAUAUCCUGGGUCUCGCAGGAGGUCUUCUGACUUACCAUUGGCAGAAAAGUGAAAAAGAUUUCUCUCUAUAUAAGAAAUAUCGUUGGGCAUUCUGGGCGCUGUUUCCCAUGGCAGUUUCUGUUAUACUAUCCGGGGGCUUUUUCUACAUAGAUGGAUUCACGCCUUCCACUUUCGUAAGAGUAGCAUACGCUACAUUUUACAAGCCCGUCUUUCAGAUUAUCAUGGUGAUAUUCAUGAUUGGAACCAUUUUUAAAUUCGAAUCCGUAUACCGUGGUAUAGUGGAGUGGCGUGGUUUUACCUGGGCCGGUCGGGUUUCUUACAGCGCUUUCCUUCUACACACAAUGUUUCAAAGGUCAUUCGUUGGAUCUCUCACUGAACUGCUGUACCUGAGUGACUAUUACGUGGUGAUAAUCUUAUGCGCAUCUAUAUUUCUCUCAUUCCUGUGCGGGGCGGGGUUGUGGCUGUUGGCGGAGGCGCCCUUCGCGACUCUGUCGCGCGUUUUACUUGGCAAUAACAAAUGAAAACUAAAUAAAAAUAAAGUAUUUUUCUUAUUUA